GUCAACAAUGACGUUGUCAUUUGUCACUCUGUAUAUUUUGAUUUUGAACAUAAAAGAAAGCAAGGAAUAAGUUUUUUAAUAUUCCUAUUUAUAUAACAACUAAUUAGAAAUGCUAUUGAACAAUUUAGUGCCCACCGAUACGGUUAUAAUCCUUUGCCCCGAAGAGGCGAAGGACAGCUUCAAGGAAUACGUCGAAAAGUUCAAAAAUACCACAUUUCGGGAUUCUUCCACCCUAACAAGUGUCAAGGAUGAAUCAGCAUCUGGUAUAAUAUGUGUUUACGACGAAAAAACUACGGAUGUAUCUUCAAUUCUCCUACAAAAGCUAAAACCAGGCGGAACCCUCGUAAUACAAAAAGCAUCUGAUAUUGAAACAGUGAAAUUUAAGCUUACGACAACAGGCUUCAUGAAUGUGACUAUAAGCGAAAAUACAAUUACUGCCAACAAACCUACGUUCAAGUCCGGUUCCUCUGCAAAAUUAAACCUGCCUAAUAAGCCUCCAACAUCUGUCUGGAAGAUCGAUGACACAGUAGAAGAUGAAUUAAUAGACCCUGAUGAUCUAUUGGAUGAAGACGACUUGAAGAAACCCGAUCCAGAGAAACUGCGCGUGUGUGGAACCACGGGGAAACGCAAAGCUUGUAAGAACUGUUCUUGUGGCUUAGCAGAAGAGUUGACAGCUGAAGCACAAUCAGGAAAAGCUGUUGAUACUACAGAUGCUCCAAAGUCAUCAUGUGGUAGUUGUUAUCUAGGGGACGCAUUUAGAUGUGCCAGUUGCCCUUAUUUAGGAAUGCCUGCAUUCAAGCCUGGGGAGAAGAUUCAGUUGACUGGUGGUCAACUACAGGCUGAUGUUUAGUUGCUGUGAUUAGAAUUAUUUGAAUAUUUAGAAUAUUGUUCACUAAAUUUUUAUGAUGAAUAAAGGUUUUUAAGCAAU